GCACCCAAGAUUGAAGCACACAACUAGAAUUACUAUAUUCGCUAGACCCGGUCCACCAUAUUUCUCGUGGACCACGCAUUUUCUGCUAAUCAAACAUCUUAAUUUCUUUCUCCGCCAACAAAAUGAAAAUGAUGUGUUCACGAUCCGAUAUCCAAGGGUAUAUAUUUCUGGUAGUUAGUUUAACCAGCUCUCUCUUUAUUGUCGCCCGUUUAUUACUUCAUUAAGUUGUUUGGUGGAUAAGAAAAGAAUAUAUAUGUAUAAAAAAGUACAUUUUAGUCUAUACACUCUCUCUCUCUCUCUCCGUGUGUGUAUAUAUAUAUAUAUAUAUAUAUGAAUGAAUCUGUAGAGAGAGAGAGAGAGAGAGAGAGAGAGGGAGAGAUGAUGUUCAGCUCAGGGCCGUCUCCCUUGGUGCCCCUGCUGCUGGUCGGAGCCCUAUCAUGGAUGAUCUACGGCGAGGCCAUAAGCGAAUGGUACGAAUACGCGGGCGAGCUCCAGGAGUCGGUCGCGGAGACCUCGCCGCUGCUUGUACUCCUGGCCGCCGUCGUCGGCCUCCUGCUCCUCAACUUCAUGAGCCAGAUCAUCGUCCUCCCCCUCGCCGUCGUCGUCGCGGUGUACAUGCUCCAGAACACACUCAUAACUGCACUGGUCCUGCUUGGGGUGAUACACUUUGUGGGUGUCUACUACUACUACAACACUCCCCAGAAGUCGGCGCCGUAUUUGCACUGGGAUAGGGAGCGAACGCCGACUUCUAUUAUUGGUGGGGAGGGGGGUGGGUUUGGGUUGGGUUUUUAUAUGCUUGUGUUGUUGUGUCUCAUUCUAUGCAGCUUGUUUUGUGAGAGUGGGGUGUGGUUACCUUUUGUUUGUGUAGUGGCUUUUGUUGUUUUCUUUCAUAUGUUCUCGUAUUUUUAGCUGUAAAAGUCGUGCAGGGUUAAUGUUUUAAAUGGGUAUCAUCAUGUGUGUUACUAGUAGGAGCAUUUGUGCUUUUUUUU